CAAGGCAGGGGAGGAGAGCACAGACCUCACCCCUCUUGAGUAACUUCACCAGAGGAAACUUAGAGCAGAGGCUCAGAAGUGUGCGCUCCAUGAGGAGAGAGCAUGCCAGGCUGACACCCUGCUGGAUACAAUGCCACCCACCAGAGCUGGACUACCAGGCUGAGAAGCCACCCCCAGCACCUCACCCCCUGGCACUGACUUCUCCUUUACUCACAACUAUUGCAUUAUUGGAAUAAGACCCGCUGGCACCUGUCCUGUGCCCCCUGAAGACCCUUUGGAGCUGUCUUGAUGAUGCCCCUCUGCUGGAUCUAACCUUACAAAGUGACACCAUGUACACAGAGGAGAACAUAACCAUAGAUGCUCCAAAUGCCACUGUGCUGGGUACCUCGGGCAGCCCCACUGGCAGCAUACCCCCCACCAUCCCAGCGGUCAUGUUCAUAUUUGGGGUGGUGGGGAACCUGAUUGCCAUCAUUGUCCUGUGCAAAUCCCGCAAGGAGCAGAAGGAGACCACUUUCUAUACCCUGGUCUGUGGACUGGCACUGACUGAUCUGCUUGGCACCUGCUUGGUGAGCCCAGUGACCAUUAUUACCUAUAUACAGAACCGGUGGCCCGGCGGCGAAGCCCUGUGUGAGUAUGGCUCCUUCAUCCUGCUCUUCUUUGGACUAUCAGGUCUCAGCAUCAUCUGUGCCAUGUCCAUUGAGAGGUAUCUUGCCAUCAACCAUGCCUACUUCUACAACCAUUAUGUGGACAAGAAGCUGGCGGGACUCACCCUGUGUGCCAUCUAUGUAUCCAAUGUCAUCUCUGCGCCCUGCCCAGCAUGGGACUGGGGGAAGUCCACCUUCCAGUACCCCAACACCUGGUGCUUCAUAGACUGGAGGACCAACGUGGCCACCCAUUGCUGCCUACUCGUGAUGUACGCCGGUUUCAGCUCCUUCUUGAUCAUGGUCACCGUGCUGUGCAAUGUGCUGGUGUGCGUGGCGCUCAUCCGCAUGCACCGGCAGUUCGUGCGCAGGACUUCCCUGGGGACCGAUAACCGGAUCACAGAUAUCAGGAGACGGAGGAGCUUCAGGAGAAUGGCCGGGGCUGAGAUCCAGAUGGUUAUCAUUCUCAUAGGAACCUCAGUGGUGGUUCUCAUCUGCUCCAUCCCUCUUGUGGUUCGGGUUUUCGUCAACCAGCUCUAUCGACCUCCAGUAGAGACGGACAUUGCAAGCAACCUAGAUCUGAGGGCCAUCAGAAUUGCGUCAGUGAAUCCCAUCUUGGAUCCAUGGAUUUAUAUCCUCCUCAGGAAGACUGUACUUAGCAAAGUCAUUGAAAAGAUCAAGUGUCUCUUCUGCAGGAUCGGCAGUGGCAGGAGGCCACAUUCUGCAUCAAGCUUCAACUGCACCGAGGGCAGAAGAGCCUCCUCGGUUAUGUCAAGUCAUUCCCCUUCGUUUGUGUCGAGAGAGCUCAGAGAAGUUAGUUCUACGUCGCAGACUUUACUCUACCCUCUUGAACUGAGCGAUGGGAGCUUCAGGAGUAGCACAGUUUUACCAGGGGCUAUGACAGCUAUAAAUCUCCCAGGAGCUCCAGACAGGACGUUACGUGGUUCUGACCAGUCAGUUUCUUCUCAGGGUCCAGAUUCUGAGCAAGUACUUCUAGUAAACGAGACUCAGCCACCACAAGUCACUCAGAAUGGCAAUUCAUCCAAGGGAAACCCACUUCACGUCACUUUUCCAGAUGAUGCAUUGAAUGUAUCCGAGAAAUGUAUAUAGGAACUUCAGGUUGCCCGCCUUGCACAUUUAGAUCUAGAUAACAGCGUUGAGGCCAAAACGCAAUGGUCCAGUUAUGUCUAAGACAGGGUUUCAUCAGAAAUCUGAUAGUUCUUGAGAAUGUGGCGGUCUUCACCAACGUUGUCGCGAUGUGCUGGGUUGUCUGGCACCAUUGACUUUUCCAUUGGCACUUUUUGAUGAUCAGCUCCACCAGUGGUGGCUGCUUUAGAGGAGAUAAGACGAUCAAUUGUAAGACUCCUGACACUUUCUCUGACAAAUCAAAUUUGUCUUCUAGAUGAUGAAUGUCUAUGUGUCUAGCAAAGCUUUAACAAAUGUGAAUUUUCAUUGAUGUAUGUAUAUGGGAUUUUAAAUGUAUUUAUUGUCUUCUCCGUGAGAAGGUUUUUAGAUUCAAACGUCUAGAUAAAAGAAUUAAAGGGCAAUGUCCUCCUUUUUCAAGAAUAUUGCUCAAGAGCUUUUAUUAACGUCCUAAAAAAUAAAGUUUUGCACUAAAUUGUGACACUUUUUUUGGCAACAUUGAUAACCUAGGCCAGUGGUGGACUUUGUGCACGUCCACCACCGUGUGGGAAUGGACGUAUGAUCUUUCGAACAUAAUGCAGUCCAUAGAACGGACGACUCAACUUGAUAAUUUUGUCAGAUAUUAGAUGGGCUUGUAGCUAGUUGAGGCCCUUCUACCAUGACUUCUGCUAUCACUUCUCAGGUGGCCCCAAGCCGUAGUAGGGGCCUAGAUUCAACCACUAAAUAUUUAGUUGGGGAGAACAAUCAUUUCUUGGUUUACUUAGAUUAUAACUUUCUCAUUAAGAUAAAGAUAACCAGUUUGUAGAACGUUUUCCUGCCUUUAAAAAGGGUCCUUCUACCUUUACCCUCUUAGGGUACAUUUAUAUAGGGGGGCAUCCUCUUAUCAGGACUGGUAUCUACAGUUGAGACCACUAGAAGUUAUGUCACUUAAGCUCUCUAAGACCAUCAAAAUCCAUUGGAAACAAUAGCAGACAGCCAUUGAUUUCAAUGAUUCCAUGAGAUACAAUACUUCUCAGUAGUGUUGCCCUUCUGAUCAGCUGGUGCCAAAGGAGCCAGGUAGAACAUAUUCCCAUAAAAAAUCCAUAUAACGAUUUAGCACAGAUGAAUUUGUCAAGUCUGGUUAGAAAUAUCCAGUCCAAUCUUUUUAUUAUCUAUGAAAAAAAAUCAGGGAAGGACAUUCCACCAGUGACUUAUGUUGUGCACAAUGCAUGUGAACAUUGAGCCUGCGUACACAAAAAUUUCUCGAUGUGAUACUGAUGGGUAUAUUACUUAUAAUUAUGUCAUUGCAAUGUUAUGUGCAGUCUGGAGAUGCUGUGUUCAUGUCCAGAAGUGGUCACAUCAGGUUCUAUCUGCUAUACAUCAGGCUGCCUCUCCAUGCUGCACAGACUUGUUUAGGUUCUUCACCCUUAGGCAACAGGACGCACAAGAAUGAGAAUCAAUCAUGUAAAUCAAGAGGAAAAUUUGCAGAAAGGAGAGAGAACCUUCAUUAGCCGAGUCAUGACCCCGUCGGCUGACCACAACCCUUCUUCAGAGAACAUUCCACCAUUUGCACAGUACAUUCUCUGCGCUGUUCCGUCCAUUCCAUAUAACCCUCUUUUAUCCAUUGACUAUUGUGCAUUUUGAGCCCCCAAUGAAUUUGUACAACCGUGCCUAAUGCCAAGUCCGGCCCCAACCUUCAUAGAUUGUUCAACCAAAUGGAGCACUUACCAAGUUAGGGUUGGUUUCUCCUUUUCUGAAGGAACAUUAUCAUGGAGCAUGUUCUGUUGCUUUCCGCGGCCAUGUGAAUUGUUUUAUUGUAAUUGCAUUCUGAAUCUGUAUUCGUCAAACCGUUUGAUUGACCAAUAGUUUGUGUUUGGGGGGAAUCACAAUAAAAUUAUUAUGUUGUUGAACUCAU